AUGUUUUUGCAGUCAGAUCAUUCAACUUUGUUUGAUACAUCAAAAUUAGUAAAACUAAUAAAACAUCUCAAAACACGGCAGUAUCAAAGAUUUAUGGCCGAAUUAGACCUAGCAAUAUCAUUUUCUCGAUGUGCUUUGCAUUCAUAUGAUAGAUAUAGAGACGUCACACCCUACGAUGAAUCGGUGGCAGACAAAUACAAGCUCAAAAAAUAUAUCAAUGCAUCAUUUAUAAUACUAAAUGGUGACUACUACAUUGCCUGUCAGGAACCAAAGCUCACCUUUGGUGCAUUAUUUGUUGAAUUUCUGCUCAAAUGCGAUGCAGAGUAUCUGAUUUGCCUAGAAAAAAAUCUACACUACCUAAAAGGAUAUCAAGUAUUAGAAUCUAAAGCAGAAAUGUUGGAUGAAACAGAGUUUUUGAUAGAUCAAAUAUAUAAAAUUGAGAAUAAAACCAUUAGGGUGAUUAAAUGUUCCAUGUGGAAAGACCAUGGUGUGCUGGAAAGGAAGCAGAUGGAGGAAUUGUGGAAAUACACCUUAGACAUACCAAAAGAUAAACUAAAAAUCAUCCACUGCAAGGCAGGCGUUGGAAGAACGGGGACAUUUAUUAUGUUCAGGAUAUUAAAGGAUAUUCAAAGAACAGGAGAGGUAGUAACACCCGAAAAAUUCGUUGAUGUUCUAGUUGAGCUGAGAAAACAAAGAACCUUAAUGGUACAAAAUGACAUUCAAUUGAAGUUCUUGGCUGAAUAUUUUAUUGAAGAGGAAUUUUUUAUGGACAAAGUGUGUGAAACCCCGGACUGA